AUGAUGUACGAGGACGGCGUGGCGCCACAAAUGAUUCGAUUUAGUGAUUAUGCGAAAUGGAAGAAGACUAUCAUAGAAGUUCUCCUUUUGUGGCAACGUGAUCGAUUCAAAUAUUUGCAGAAUGUGCAACUUGGUAAGACCGAAGAAGGUGAUGAUGUCGGCCAGUUUGGAAGCAAAUUUCGAGAGCAUCUCGGCCAGUGGAGGCUGAAUAAACGAGGAGUUGAGGGCGAAACAAUAAUUCAUCUUCUGCUGAACCGCGAAGAGCCUAUGUGCAGCGAAAUUGCUAGGAUUUUGAUAACGCGGUAUCCAGGCCUU